CCUUAGUGGUUUCCUCCAAGUGAACAUCCAAGCGUCAUCAUGGCUUCUGUUGGUGGGAGUGAGCACCUCCUGUCCAAAACUUCAUCUUUAGUCGUACAGAUAAGUCGCUGAAUCUUGCAAAAGUCAAUACUGUGUAAGCUGACAUGCGUGUUAUAACACAGAGACUAACAGGACAUGCCGAAGAGAGGAAAGAAGACCAGGAGGAGGCGUGCAAAGUUGGCGGGCCCAGACGCGGAUGUGACCCUUCAACAGUUUGCCGACGCCGGUGGUUCUCAACCACCAUCUGGUAGGGUCGGUAAGGGAGAAGGUAACGCCUUCGUCCGGCAAGCCAAGGCUCUCUGUCACGGCCAGCCGUCAGAGACGUUGAAGAUGGAAGAAGAAGUCCCUUGGUAUGAGAAAGACUGGGAUAGUGACCAAGAAGAAAGUCAUGUGGACAGUGACACUGAAGAAAACUUGAUCACAUCUAACCAAGUUUACAGUAGAUAUGACAGUCAAACACACGAUGAUGCAGAGCCUGAAGUUGAAUAUCCGAUGGACAUAUGGUCUAUGCUUGCACCCUAUAUCAGGCCAGAAGAUAUUGGAAGGUUUGCUGCAAUAUGUAGAAAUACUUGGCUCCUUACAAGAACCAUUGGCUUCUGGCGAAGGCUGUACAACAGGUACUACCUGUCCACUGCUCAGCUGCCGGAGAGACUCCAGCGUGAGUGUAUGGAGAGAACCGUGUGUCUGCGGACAUGCGUCAUCCGCUCCCUGUUCCACCUGUACGCACCCUUUCAGCUGCAGGUGAACACCCGAGCACCUGUGGACCAGGAGAGGUUUAACGGCAUCAUCGGCAGCAGGUGCAUGUACAGCUGGUGUUCCAAGGGGCGCACAUGUCUCACCACCCAGUCUGGAAUAAGGGAUGUCUGGGUCUUCUACUUCAAGCUGCAGCUCCCUGGUAAUCUGCCAGGUGGGGCAUAUCAUCCCAGGAGGAGGAAGCUGUGGGAUGUGGAUGAAGAUAACGAUGAUGCCCUGUUGAACCCGGAAGACGGUUACUGCGUACUCCGUAUCGUGGCACCCCACUUUAUCGCUGUACCGGGAACUGUUAUGGGAAAAGUCAUGGCUGACAUCAAACUUGCUCUCAGCGGAAACAUGCAGAACCAUUGUAUCAUGAUGCACUUUUCGGAUCAGCUGUGCACAACAAGGAAGAAAAUGAAGGCAGCUAAUGCUUCGAACAGGGCCAGGACUAAAGCUAACUGUUCGACCAUGCUGGGUGAAAGAGUGAUACUGGACCCUGUUAAAAGUAUUCAGGUCUUACACUGGUGGCAUCCCCAGUAUCCAUACAAGUAUCCUGGCUAGCUGUUGUAUCAUGGAAUAUUCUAUUGUAAUUUAGCCUAGAAUAUGAACAUGGAUUCAGUAAUCAUAUCAGCAUUGAGUUGGAAACAAGAUGCAUAUAAAAUGACACGAAUAAACAAUCUGCUUCACUUUUACAUCUAGGGGUUUGUAUGUUGCUGGCAUCUCUGACCAUGAAAUAAGACUAUUAUAAUAGUAGCUAUAAGGUCAUUCUGUCAUUAUUGCAAUGUAUAUGGAACUUAUGAUAACUUGGCUAUCAGACUUUUGCAGAUCUCAAUUUCAAGGACUUUGAGUGACAUGAACUUCUUGUACUCAGACAUGUAGAAUUAAGAAAUAUGAACAGCCUGGCAAAAUUGCAGUGGCAGCUAUAAAAUGCCUUAUGGUAUAAGACCAAACAAUUGCUUUUGAAACUGAACUAGGUGCAAUAGAAAUGUGAAAGACAACUUGUUGUAUCUUGUAUUGUAGAUACAAAUGUAGAUGUAAGAAGCAAAAUGCAUUCAGAAAUUAAGUAAAAAAAAUGUACUCAUAUCAAUAUAAACAAAUACAUCAACCUUCAAUAACACGAAUUAAGUUUACUAAAUAAAAAGUAUUCUAUGUUGUAA